AUGGCUUCUUCCGUGACAUCCCAAAAUGCGCCGCUAGGAUCAAAUAAAAGAAAACGUGUUGAUGAGGAGGAUGCUGUCGAAAACACAAUCACAGCGGCUGGCAGCCAACAACCCAGCAAGAAGAAAAAGAAGAAACGGCCAAAGAACGCAAAAAAUGGGAAUGAAUAUGAUAUAAACAAGGUCAUGGGCAAGGAUGGGGGAAUUGACGAGUCGAUUGGAAAGAUGGACGGUAAACUACUGGGAGAUUACUUUGUCCAGCGAGUUAAGAGGCAUAACAAGAACUUGACUGCUGUGGAAUUAGAUGAUUUUUACAUUCCAGAGCAUGCAUUCCUUGAUACCUCGUCCUGGGACUCCUCGCGGGAACUUGAGAAUAUGCCUUCCUUCUUAAAAGCAUUCAGCCCAGAGAAUGGUGCAUCGCUUUCUAAAGCAUCCGAAACCAAGGGAUCUCCGCACACGCUGGUUGUCACGCUGGCAGGUCUUAGAGCAGCAGAGAUAUCAAGAACACUACGGCAAUUCCAGAACCAAGACUGCGCUGUUGCUAAGCUUUUUGCUAAGCAUAUCAAACUAAAAGAGGCUCAGGAAACAGUAGAAAAGACGAGAAUAGGAAUAGGUAUUGGGACACCAGUCAGGCUAAACGAUCUUGUAAAUUCAGGAUCAUUGAAACUUAAUUCGCUAAAACGCAUUGUUGUUGAUGGCUCUUACGUUGAUCAAAAGAAACGUGGUAUAUUCGAUAUGAAAGAACUACACUUCCCUCUUAUCGAGUUUCUAAACCGGGCCGAACUAAGGGAUCGGUAUCAGUCGAAGAAAGGUGACAAGGUGCAGAUCAUCGUCUUUUGA